AUGAAAAAAGAGAACUUAGAAAGGGAGAAAUUGAAAAAAGAAGAGAAACCUGAAAAAAGAGACCUGGACAGAGAUAAUCUAGGAAGAGAGAGAAUCUGGAGAGAAAGAAAGAGAAGCCUAGUAAGCAAGAGAAAGAGAGAAAGAGAGAGAGAGUCUGAAAAGAAAAAAAAAGAACUUGGAGAUAAAGAGAAGCAAAGAGAGGGAAAAAAACCUGGGAAAGAAGGACCUGAAGUGAGGGAACUUGAAAACAGAGAGCCUAACUUGGAAAGGGAGGUAGGGGGCCUAGUGAGCAAGAGAGAGAAAGUCUGUAGAGAAAGAAAAAGAGAACAUGGAGAGAAAGAGAAUUUGAAGGGAAAGAAAAAACCUGAAAAACAAGAACCUGAAGCAAGAGAAUCUGAAAACAGAGAGAACAUGAAAAAAGAAACCUGGAAAGGACGAAAUUAA